CACACACCGCGGUCACAUCAGAACGGGAAUAUGUUCAUACAGUUACUGACCGUGUCGCUAGCUAGCUUAGCAACAUUUCCACCGACUUAGUAAGGUUAGCCAACGUCGGACCGUCGUGUGUGUUCAUAUCCUGUUGGGAGAGCAGUACUACAGAGACGCCAUGGAGCAAUGUCAUAACUACAAUGCAAGGCUCUGUGCUGAGAGGAGUGUCCGAAUGCCGUUCCUCGACUCUCAGACAGGUGUGGCUCAGAGCAACUGCUACAUUUGGAUGGAAAAGAGACACAGGGGACCAGGUAUGGCUCCAGGGCAGCUCUAUACCUACCCAUCCAGGAGGUGGAGGAAGAAACGACGAUCUCAUCCUCAAGAGGACCCUCGGCUGAUCUUCCCUCCUGUCAAGUCAGAGGUAGACGUAGGACUGAAGAAGGACACUCUGUUAUCAGCGGAUGGCAGCAGCCUGGAGGCCCUGCUGAAGGGGGAGUCCGUGGAUAAACGGAUGACCACAGAGCUCCGAGGGUCUGAGAAGGAUUCUAACCAGAGUGACUUCACCGGAGGCCUGAACCCUGCUGCUCGGAUUAGAAAGAGAAUCCUCGAGCCAGAUGACUUCCUGGACGACCUGGAUGAUGAAGACUAUGAGGAAGACACGCCUAAAAGAAGAGGCAAGGGGAAGGGGAAGGGUCGAGGAGUGGGCAGUAACAGGAAGAAGCUGGACACAGCGGCACUGGAGGACCGAGACAAGCCGUACGCCUGUGACAACACUAUCAAACAAAAGCAUAUUUCAAAACCUUCUGAACGAGUCUGUGGGAAGCGUUACAAGAACCGUCCUGGCCUGAGCUACCACUAUGCCCACUCCCACCUGGCCGAGGAGGAGGGUGAAGAAAAGGAAGAGAUGGAGGUCAACGAGCCCGCCCUGCCGCUGCCCAAUGAGCCGAAAAUUCCCAAGAAAGGCCCAGACGGUCUUGCGUUGCCUAAUAAAUACUGUGAUUUCUGCCUGGGAGACUCCAAAACCAAUCACAAGACUGGCCAGUCAGAAGAGCUGGUGUCCUGCUCCGACUGCGGACGCUCAGGCCACCCGUCCUGCCUGCAGUUCACUCCUGUAAUGAUGGCUGCUGUGAAGACGUACCGCUGGCAGUGCAUAGAGUGCAAGUGCUGCAACAUAUGCGGCACCUCAGAGAAUGACGAUCAGCUUCUGUUCUGUGACGACUGUGAUAGAGGCUAUCACAUGUAUUGUAUCAACCCCCCCAUGGCUGAACCUCCAGAGGGGAGCUGGAGCUGUCAUCUCUGUCUGGACCUUUUGAAAGACAAGGCAUCCAUAUACCAGAACGCCCCACCAUCGUGAUGGCCGCCUCCCCCCUGCACCACCCAUCACUCAACCCUCUGCAGCAGUGGGGUUAACCCUUCAUGUCCAUGAUAAACUCUUCUGCCAAGCUGAGCUCGGAGGGAGUGUGUCCAGAACAGACAAUAAAUUGUGAAAAGGGAAGUAUCUCUUACCAAACUGGCCUCACUUAGCUUCAGAUAUGACUGUUAAACAGUUCUAAGCUCAGAUUCAGCCCCAUUGAUUUUUAUUUUCACCUCUUUGCCACAUAGCAUAUAGAUACAGACCAUAAAUAGCCCACGUCUGACUUCCUGCUCAGUUUUUUUACACCUACACAAAGUUGCUAAAACCUUCUAUAUCCUGCAAUGUACUGAUUUUAUGACUAGAGCAAAAAUAGAGCUUGUUGGAAUCAAGCAGCAUGCUAGUGCUUGCUCAUCGUUUAAAAAGAAAGAAGAGAUUUUAUAAUAUUUAUAUAUUUCUAUGGUAUAUAAUAGUGUUGCGUAUGUACAAAUUUGAGAAAAAGAAAGGUUAUGUAAUGGUCUUUUUUAUUAGUGCCCAUCUCAUCAUUAUGGAAAUAUCCACAACCACGUGUUCUUUUAUGGCACUGCAGAUAUUUGGUGAUUCUCUUGAUAGUCAAAGGGAUCUGCGGAGACUGUAAAUGAUUUUCCAUCUCUGGCCACACAGACUUCAAACAAAUCAGGAACUAUGAAUAGAAACCUUGCUGCACUUGUUAAAGUGACUCCAAAAGCUGAGGGACUCCAGGGAGGGCAGCUUAGACUUUAGUCUGGUUGUUGACUCUUGUGUGCUGGUGGCUGAUUGUGCUGCACAGAGCUUGAGAGGAUGCAUGAGGACAUAAUAAUUUGCAUGUUUUAUUCAGGCUUUGGGGCCUUUUUUGACAAAACUGUAGGCUUUUCACUCUGGUCCUCUGAUCUUUGACUGAUAUGUGUUCCAGUCUAAUCGAAAAACCAAUCCUACUUGCAUUAUCAGCCAGGUAAAGGGAUAAAAAGCCUUUGUCGCUGUGUUUUAGCAGUUUGCUUGCCAUGCACCAUAUCUGUUGAUGUUGUGACACCACUAGAUUAUUUAAUGUUAUUGAGAACUAUGCGACCUUGCAGAUGGUCACUAGCUGACAAUGUUAAAGCAAUAUAGGAGAUCCUGUAGGAUACUGGGACGACAGGGACUCACGGCAGAUAAUGUGCGAUGCUGUACAUUUUCUUUCUCAGAAAAUGCUAUUUACAGAUGAAGGACUGUGGCAACAAAUAUACAGCUCCAUAUUGUAAAAAAGAUUAUAAUGUGUAUAUGUAUAGUCCUAUGGAAAAACGGCUCUUUUGUUACUGCUUUCAUCGUUUUUUUAUGCAAUGGUUCCUUCUGUGGCGAGGCUAAAAGAAAAGGUCUGGUUACUUUACCUCAAACAGAAACAGUAUUUAAAGGGUUGAAAUAUGCUGUUGAUAGACGGGACAAAGGCGGAGGGAUACAUACUAAUGACAGCUGCAGUGUCUGCUUCAAUAACUGCAUAUUCUACAGGUAAACAAGUGCAUGCUCAGUAAUCGUCUGCACUCUCAUAUGCUACGUAGUCGUCUCAGCGUUAGCUCGGCAAAGGUGUUGGGAAGCGGUGUAAUAUAAAUUAACCAUGCUAUCAUAUUUCAAUAGCCAACUAACAAUUACUAAAACAUUACACAAGUAUAACUUGGUUUAUUUUCUCAUCACGUUUAAACUUAGUUAUUUAGAGACGGUGGUUACUAGAAUAUUUUGCUGGUUGUUUUUCUAUUCAUGGAUGAUGUUUGCGUACCUAAUGUGUGGGACAUUUUGGGACUUAAGUGGAAGUUGCUCUCUAGUUAAUCCUGUGAUCCAGGGCUCAACAGCUCUCUUCCAAAUCUCGAAACAAGAAGCAAAGCCCAUAAUGUGAUUAAGAGACAAAUUCUGGAGCUGCACCUUCUACACAUGAAUGUUUAAGUAAUGAUGGACCCAGUUACUUUCCACCUUCUAGGCUGCAGUCAGAGGAAAGUCUUGAACAAGAAGGAAGUACACCUGUUGUAUUAUAAUUAUAUUCAUUAUCAUUGUUUUUAAUAGAUUAUGUUUUUUUGCUCUCAAUUUUUGGAAGAAAAUUGUUUAUGACAACAAAUGAUGUUUAAACCAAGAUCACAGGUUUACAGAGUAGGUGAAUUGUUUCAUUUGGAAUGUGAUGGAAUGUUUUAUUGUACGAAAUUUGUCUUCAGGAAAUAAAAUACUAGGCACUAUAA